AUGCAAUAUCAGAUUCAAUAAAUUCGUUAACAUUUCAGCUCCAUAGAUCGCAAAUUCCAUCCUGUCCCUGCAUUUGUUGUGACCAGACCUUUAUUUGCUUGUCGAUCCCUUUCUCCUUCCUUCUACAAGUUACGCUCCAAGACUCUUUGUACUCCACUCUCCUACUCAGUUGUGAAAAUGAAUCCUACUCCUCAAAGAGAAAAUAAGUUCACUUUCAGGGGCACUGACAAUACUCCAAGCAAGGAAACUCCAAUCAAAGAAUUAAAUGAGAUUAAAUUGACCAAAGUGCAUUCAACACAUGAAAAGAUUAUGAGUGAAUCCCAAGAACGGUUCUAUCAGCAAAAGAAGCAAUCCAACAUCAAUAGUAAGAGCAAAGAAAAGCCAUCUCAUAAAAAUUUAUCACCUGUGCCUAUUCAAUUCAAACUGCUGGAUAUGACCAAGCUCUAGGAGAAAUAAGAAUAAUAGUAACUAUUUCCAAAAGCAAGUUCAAACCGUUAUAUGGAGUCCAACAACCAAGGAGAUCAAACAGAUAAGAGCGAGUAAUUACAAUAGUAUUACGAAUAACCCAUAUCAAAGGAAGUCUUCAAUAUCUUAAAUCAGAACCAAUAAUAACUCCAAUAGAAACUAAACAAUGAUGUUGAAUAAGAAAUCAAGGAUUUGCCUGAAAUCUCAUACCCAGAAGACACCCAACAAUAACAAUAAUCAAGACUCAAAUUAUGGGCUUGCAACCCCAAUGAUUCCUAUAGACAAAUAAUGGGAAGAAAGAACAAUAACAAAAAGAGCUCCAAGAAAAGUCCAACCAAAACUCCCAAGUCCCCCAAAAAAUAGCAUAUCAUCUACUAUAACCAAAUCUACCUAUACAAGCCCAGAGAGAACAAUAAGUAAAAUAGCUCAAAACUCUCCUACAAUUCCUCAUAAAAACAGAUCAGUCCCAAAAGACAAAGCAAAUAGGUUUCAUAUAUCCUCACUACUCCGAGUAAGAGAAACACUAGAAUUCAGCAUUAAUAAAAUGAAGAAGAGGAAAUUGAAAUCAUAAAUUUGGCCCCUGAAUUUUCUAAAUUAAUUUGA